AUGUCCGUUUUUGCUUGUCAAAGUGAUUUUACUUCAUCGUCAUCGUCUUAUGAUGGAGUUAAGAAAUCUCCGACCCCAACCGAAGAUAUCAAACCAACUUAUACUGCAGCUCCCUAUCCUUCUACCUCUUUGCCUCAAUCAUCUAACGUCGAUGAUAAACCAGGUUCAACGUACAGUCAAUACUAUGGCAAAGCGAAUCUAAUCAAGCCCGACGUCCUGAAAGUACCAAAAAGUGAGUUACCACCUACAAGCACUAGUUGUAGUAUUCCAGGUGGCCAAGACCAAAGUGAACUAAUAAUUCCAAAAACGGAAAUGUCAAGCGCAUCAUCUUGUCGAUCGCCACCAGCGAAUCUGAGAUCAGCCUACGAGCCAUAUAUGAAUCAAGAUUCAAAUUCAUCUUCAAUAUCCAGCAUGGAGGCAAUGAAUUCGAGGGGACCCCACCAAAUACAUCAUCUGAGUCCACAUCCCGCUUCUCAUCCGGGGUAUAAUAUGGAACACCAAAUGUCUCACAGAUCUCCAUACCACCAUUCGCCGAUAUCCGAAGAAAUGUACCAUAGAGAGAGGAGCUAUCAAGAGAUGAAUGAACCCAUCACGACAAUUGCUCGGCCUGUGGUUACCUAUUCAAAUGAUUUAGUAAAUCGCUCCUAUGAUUCUUCCCUGGUUAAUGCAGCAAGUCACCGCCCUUAUGAUCCUGGCAGCAAUAGUGGAUUCGAGAGGUACGAUUCUGGUCAGUGCAUUUCCCUCCAGCAACCUUUGGGACCACCUAGGGUUCCUCCACAGGGUAUUUAUGGUUACAUGGAGGACUCCCAAGAGCACAGGGGGUUGGAGGGAAACGUUCAGCCGCAAGAGAUAAAAGAGGACCUCAUUGAAAAAGGCAUUGACACCAAAAAUGUUUUCUCAAUGAAAACCCAAUUUAGGCCUCUUUUCUUAGUUGUGACCAAUGAUAAGGUCACAAUAAGAACAUUGAAAGCUGAAGCAAGGGUGGUCUGCAGUGUGAGAGUGUCCUGGGAGACUAGGAACAACAGGAAAUCCCUUUCACAGUACCGUCGCUGUCAGGGCUGGGGCCAUGUUUCUGCAAAUUGCUUCAGGAACUGCACAGACACCAGCACCAGAGCGGCAGCAAUUUGUUCCGGCACCCCUACCAACAAGACCAGCCUGGUGGCAAACCGCGCGCGCUUCCGGCCCGAUUCACCCAUCACCAAACAGCAGGACCAUGGCGCCAAACGACAACAGGUCCAAGCUGCCCAGUCAACUGAACUCGCUGGCAGAAUUUCCGCCCUUAGUACGCCAGCCAGCUCUUUCCACAAGCCUCGCCCACAAGCGUUCGGCAAGCUCUGUCCAUGGGCUGCCCGCUCAAUCCCAUAG